AAUGAGAGGGGGAUAUGCUCUCAUUUCCGAGGCGUUUCCGUUACUUAAAAUCAUCUUGCGAUAAAGUCUGCUGGUCACGUUUCAGAGAUGGUGUGUGCGCGCGAUCUCAGACAGAGGAUCAGUGCAGUACAGUGACUUACAGGAAGCGCGCGACUUCAACUCAAGGACACCGCAUCAAUCUCAACGGUCUCCAGUAUGGCAGAGUUGCUGCGGUUGCUCCUGAGUGUGGCAGAAAAAGCCGCCAAUGUGGCACGCGUCUGUCGACAGGAAGCGCCGCUUUUUGAACUCCUGGUACAGGAAAAGACAGGAGCUGACAAAAACAAGAAAUUCGUCCAGGACUUUAAGACACUUGCUGAUGUGGUGAUACAGGAAAUGAUUCGCCAUGAUGUUUGUGCCCAGUUUCCAGAACUGACCGGCUUUAUUCAUGGAGAGGAGUCAAACAAGUUUGAGAAUGGGCUUGGGGAGAGUGUUACUGUGACAGUCUGUGCUCAGGAAGAGGACACAACUGCUCUGUUGGCUAAAGUUCUGGAUGGCGAUCGAACGGCCGCGUCACUCCUGAGCAAGGCGAUCCAUCAGGACCUUCAGCUCAGAGAUGAAACGGCUGAAUCUCUACAGCUGUCAGUCAGCCCAGCUGAUGUGGGCAUCUGGAUUGAUCCCAUUGAUGGUACAAGUCAGUACAUUGAAGGGAAAGAGGAAGAGGAGCCGGAUGAAGGCUUUUGUCCUUCCGGACUCCCGUGUGCUCUGGUUCUGAUUGGGGUUUACUUACGAGCCACUGGUCAACCAGUCAUGGGUGUCAUAAACCAGCCGUUCAACCGCAAAAUCUCCGCGGGUAAAGGAUGGAAAGGCCAGCACAUCUGGGGUGUUUCCUAUGGAGAUGUGAAUGUUUGCUCGUACACGCGGCGCAGGCCGUCGAAUCCACAGAAGAGCGAGUGUUUGUCGGUGCUGCUGAGCUCCAGCGAGAGGCCCGCUGUCAAGGAUGCGCUCGCGGCGCUUCCCAACAGCUCGCUGAUGUAUGCGUCCGGCGCGGGAUACAAGAUCCUGUGCGUGGUCCAGGGUCUGGUGGACGUAUAUGUGCUGUCAGAGGGCAGCACGUUUAAGUGGGACUCAUGCGCUCCUCAUGCGGUGCUGCGGGCGCUGGGCGGCGGCGUCUCCGAUCUGAGUGAGUGCAUGCGCGCUCAUCUCAAUGGACACAAGGGACACACCACUGAACUCACCUACCACCAGCCCCACAACCACAGCCAAGGUGUGGAGAGAUGGGCCAACCAAGGAGGAAUCAUCGCCUAUUUGGACUCCAGCGUAAUUGAUAAAGUCGUGGCGGCACUUGCUGGAAAGAUAUGACAAAAAUAUUAUGAUACUCAAGUUAUGCAAGUUUGUGUGUUUGUAUUUUGUUUUUGCAUAUCUUAUGUGCUUUAUGAUUCUAGUUUUAUAAGAUAUAGUGACAUAUUCAAAUAUUAAUUUAAAGCUGUAGCUUUUCAGGAGAAAAAAAAUAUCUUAAUACUUGUCUGCUAAGUUUUAUUUUUUGGAAGAAGUUGGUUAUAUUUUCAAGAGAACAGGGAAAGGAAAGCAAUCACUGUUUGCCUCAUUACAGAUGAUAUCACACAUUUUACAGUUACUGCUGGUCACCUGAGACAAAAGAAAAAGCUAGAAACUGACAGUUCUCUGGGUUAGGAUUAUCAUACGUAACACAUGGACAUUCAUGCCCUUUUAUGGUGAUGCUUUUGACAUAUUUUUUCCCCCCCUUCAUAUUUCACUCUGAAAAAGACAUAAUGAGUGCAAUGAGAGCUCUCACCGGAACAACAUUUGGCUUGAAUUGUACUUCAUGGUCUCAUUCUUAACCUUUACGGACAUUUAUGAACUUUUCAAACCUAAAAUAUUCUGCAAGAACUUGACCAUAUUAAAAUGUACAAAAUAUUUCAAAAUAUUAUUGUCUGUUAAAUACACAACUGGUCAAAAGUAAUUAAUAAUUAAACAAUUUUAAGUCUUUUCUGCUCACCAAGGCUGCAUUUAUGUGAUCAAAAAUACAGUAAAAACAGUAGUAUUGUGAAAUAUUAUUACAAUAUAAAAUAACUAUUGUUUUAAAAUGUCA